AAGCAAGCUAAGCCCCAUUUCAUCAGAUCAGCUAGCAGCUAGCAAGCUCUGUAGCGUGUCUUGGCCUUCCUGCAACGAGUGACCUAGAUAGCUACCAGCAGGCCGCGCGCCACCGCCGGCGAUGAGCUCUUCGAGGGAUCCGCUCGUGGUCGGAAGCGUGGUCGGCGACAUCGUGGACUACUUCCCGGCGACGGCGCUGCUGCGGGUGCUCUACGGCGGGCGCGAGAUGACCUGCGGGUCGGAGCUGAGGCCGUCGCAGGUGGCGAGCGAGCCGGCGGUGCACAUCACCGGCGGAGGCCGCGGCGGCAGGGCACUCUACACGCUCGUGAUGGUGGACCCUGACUCGCCUAGCCCAAGCAACCCUUCCAACCGGGAGUACCUCCAAUGGUUGGUGACUGACAUACCAGAAGGAGCUGGUGCCAAUCAUGGGAACGAGGUGGUGGCGUACGAGAGCCCGCGGCCAACGGCGGGGAUCCACCGGUUCGUAUUCAUCGUGUUCCGGCAGGCGGUGCGGCAGGCGAUCGACGCGCCGGGGUGGCGCGCCAACUUCAACACCAGGGACUUCGCCGCCUGCUACAGCCUCGGCGCCCCCGUCGCCGCCGCCUACUUCAACUGCCAGAGGGAGGGCGGCUGCGGUGGCCGGCGGUACCGGUGAUGCAUGCAUGCUCCAACAACAACUGAUGAUCCAUCGAUGAUGGUCGAUCAAAGGAAGCACUUAAUUACCAUGAUGAUUAAUUCUUCGUUGUUGAUUCGAUCGACAACGGUGGUACUCAUUUUACUAUUAAGCUAGUAGUGAAAGGCAAAAAAAUUAGAGGACACGUACGUACAAUAAUAAUGCAUGGAGUGUAUAUGUAGGCUCCUAUAUAUGCCCCACAUGUCUCAAAUAUGUAUAAUCCAUCUACCAUGGAUGUGCAUGAUUAAUGAAGCUGGUAAUCUAUCCAUUUGAGAACA